AUUUCAAGAUCCAGCACAAAAUGAGUUGUUCAAGUUGUCUUGUCGCAAUUUUUGUUGUUCUUCAAAUUACAUCAGAAGUAAAAUGUGAGUUCAUUGUCAACGAUAACAGCUGGAGGAAUUGUCUUGGUCAACCAACGUUGACCGUAAAAAUUCAAAGUUUUGAGAACAAACCCUUCGAAAAGACAGAAAGAGUGUUUGUGGUCAAUCAAACCUUUCCAUUAUUGUCAGUUGUGAGCACAGACAUAUCGAUAUGCUCGCUGAAAGAUCACCCAGAUGCUUGUUCACAAGAAAGUGUAGGCCAUUACUGGUUACCUUGCUCCAUAAUUAUCGAAAAAAACAGACCUUGGAGCAACUUCAUUCAAUCCUUCGAGCCGAAAUUGAAAUGUCCCUUGAAACCUGGAGUGUACAGAUCUAAUGCACCAGCCAAAGAUGUAUGGAAGAUAUUCGAAAAUGAUCUGAAGCACGUACAGUCUGGUACAUAUCAAGUACUUUUUGAUGUCGACUUCGGCAGUAAAAAACUGAUAUGCUGGGAGAUAGAGUUCGAAGUUAAGAGAGUUUCCACUUAGCGGCAAUUGAUUCGAGGGAAUUCAAGUCUUUUUGUGUAUUCUCCUUUCGUAUACAUUCGUUGAAUUCGUAAUAAGGAAUUUUCUGUACAGAACAUGAUAUCAAAUAUGCCAGUUUUUUUCAUUUUAUUCAGUUUAUGCAUUCGACUACAAAAUAAAAAUUCAUGUUGGGAAUACCGGAAAGAUAA